UUCAUUCACACAAAAUAACCCGAAAGACUUUUGUCAGUAUUAAAUCACAGAGUGGUCGAGCUUUGGGAUAUUAUCUUCUAAACAGCGAGUGAAACUUCUUACUUUUCCUUCUGACUUUUCUUUCUUCAGCAGUUCACAGGGGUGAAUAAAUAAAAGACUGAGUGCAAGAUGAAUCCAGGAGGACGGAGACUGAAGCAGUGGCUCAUAGAGCAGAUUAACAGUAAUAUUUAUUCAGGUUUGUUGUGGGAAGAUGAAGCUCACACCAUGUUUCGCAUCCCAUGGAAACACGCCGGGAAACAGGACUAUAACCAAGAGGUGGAUGCUUCCAUCUUCAAAGCUUGGGCGGUGUUUAAGGGCAAGUUUAAGGAAGGGGAUAAAGCUGAACCGGCGACAUGGAAGACCAGACUGCGAUGCGCACUGAAUAAAAGUCCAGACUUCGAGGAGGUAACAGAUCGCUCGCAGCUGGACAUCUCUGAACCGUACAAGGUGUACAGGAUCGUCCCUGAGGAAGAACAGAAGUUAGGUAAAAACCUCACCACCUUGAAUGUGACCUGCUCCACCGACAGCGUGGAUAUGGAGUGCAGCUCAGCCGACCUGGAUCAACUCAUCAAAGAGGCAUCUAAUGACGAAUACACAGGCAUUAUCAAGAGAAGCCAUUCUCCUCUGGAGGAGGACUGCAACGUUCAGUCGCCUCAGGAGGUCUGGCAGCACAGUUCUCCUAACGGUCUUCCGAUUCAUCUGGAAGCAUCACCUAUAAACUCAUUUAACGCUGGUUUUGCACAGAUGAUGAUCUGUUUCUAUUAUGGAGGAAAGCCCAUGGGCCACACGGUGACCAAUCACAGCGAUGGCUGUCGGAUCUCACCCUGCCAGCCUCCCGCGCUGCUGUACGGCUCUGACAGCCUGCAGACCGUACGCUUCCCGUCCGUGGAACUCAUCGAGAACGAGCGCCAGCGUUAUGUCACCCGCAAGCUGUUCGGGCACCUGGAGCGCGGCGUUCUGCUGCGCGCCAACCGUGAGGGCAUCUUCAUCAAACGCCUGUGUCAGAGCCGAGUGUUCUGGAGUGGCCAGGACUCCCAGUACGGCUCUGGUGUCAGCAAACUGGAGAGAGACGCCGUAGUCAAGAUCUUUGACAGCAACAGGUUUUUGCAUGCACUGCAGAUGUAUCAGGAUAAUCAGUACCCGGCUCCGGACACCACGGUUUCGCUCUGUUUUGGAGAAGAGUUUGCCGACUUCAGCACUGCGAAGAACAAGCUAAUCAUUGUGCAGAUCACGUCUGUGAAAUGUCAGCAGCUGCUGGACACAGUGACAGCUCACCGAGCUCAGUACAGUAGCAACCUGGAGAUCUCAGACGAGCUUCCCGGAGAUCAGAUGGCUCGCAUUUAUCAGGAUAUUUGCAACUAUUCUGUUCCUCCGAGACCCCCAUGCUACAGAGACAACCUUCCCAUUAUCGCCUGAAUGCAAAGCUGAAUCCAAAUCCAGCUCAGAUCCAGAAAUGGCUGGAAAAAAAAACACUUGAAAGAAUUAUCAGAGAAUUAUUAAAUCUCUAUGUAGCAUAAUGCUUGCUCAAGAAAUCCCAUUAAGAACAUCAUCUCAGGGAAAAAUAUUUUCUUUAUAAAAUGUAUUUUGGGUGCUUUUUGUGGCAUUUUCUUGACCUUAUUAGUAGAUAGGUUUUACUAUCUUCAGCUUUUUGUAUUGUAGCUUUUGAAAUAAAAGUUUUUUAAUCAUUA